AUGGAAGGGCAAAAGACAGAUGUCGAUUAUCUGCGAGGCAUCGUGGACAUGGGCUCCAAUGGCAUACGAUUCUCGAUAUCCAGUCUGCAGCCUCCAACAGAGCGAAUAAUGCCAACAUUGUACCAGCACCGGGUGGGCAUUUCGCUUUACGAUGCGCAGUACCAGGGCAACGCACGGGUGCCGAUAGACGACAAGACAAUUGCAGCUGUCAUAGCAGCAUUCAAGCAGUUCAGGCGAACAUGUAAUGAUUUUGGCGUUCAUGAUCGGUAUAUUACUGUCUUGGCCACCGAAGCCACAAGGACCGCGAUCAACUCCGAAGACUUCCGAAAGCAAAUCAAGACUCAUCUUGAUUGGGACGUGAGUAUGCUUCCAAAAGAAGAGGAAGGUAGAGUAGGUGCGAUGGGAGUAGCGAGCUCUCUGCCCGCGCUUGGUGGGCUCGUCAUGGACCUCGGAGGCGGCAGUACUCAGCUUAGCUGGAUCAUCAAGAACAGUGCCAGCAAUGGUGUUCGACUGCCAGAGCCAGGUGCUGUGAGCAUGCCUUACGGAGCGGCUGCCAUGUCUAGGCGACUCGCCGAGGCAGAAGAUGCUGGGAACAUAGCAGCCCUCAAGAAGGAGAUCACCGAUGCCGUCCGGGCUGCCUAUGCAAGUCUGAAAGUUCCAAUUGAGCUUGAGCAGAUUGCAAACUCGCAAGGUGGCUUUACGCUUUACCUCUCCGGUGGUGGCUUUCGGGGAUGGGGGUAUGUGCUCAUGAGCCAGCAUCCAGUCAGCCCGUACCCCAUUCCAGUCAUCAAUGGCUUCAAAGCCAGCAGAAACGAAUUUCUCAGCACCGACCAAGUGAAAGCAGCAGCCGCCGAAUCUCUUGAGCACACAGAAGAUGGUGAUGUGUUCCGAAUCUCAGAGCGAAGAGCUGGUCAGGUUCCAGCUGUAGCGUUUCUGGUCAAUGCCCUCGCGGAAGCUCUACCACACAUCAAAGAAGUGAGAUUCUGCCAAGGUGGCGUGCGUGAAGGCUAUCUGUUCUCGUCAAUCUCUGCGGAAGCAAAAUCUGAGCAGCCGUUAGUGGUCGCCACGAGACAUGUUGCAAAAUCAAUCACUACAGACGCCCUCGUAAACCUUCUGCAGGACUCGUUGCCUCCAGCAGCGAGCACAGGGUCAAUUGACGAUUACAAGAGCGUCUUCAUUCCCGAGCUUCUGGAAGCAUUCGCUAAUCUUAUGUACUAUCACUCUAGCCAUUCAAAGGACCUCCAGUCCUCCGCAGCGCUUCGCAUCUCUACGGCGGGAGUUCUCGCUGGUGUACAUGGAAUCACACACGAGGCAAGAGCCCUGAUAGCACUUCUCCUAUGCGCUAGAUGGGGAGCAAGCAUUCCCCCGAGUGACGAGCAAUUCAAAAGAAACCUGGAACAGCUUGUGGAUGCUCCGUGGACGCUAUGGUGGAUCAACUACCUUGGCGCUGUUGCGUCUUUGAUUGCGAGUAUCUACCCAGCUGGCAUCGUCCGAAAGGAGAGAUUAGCACUGAAAGCUCGCUGGGCUAGCGAUGACAAGAAUCGGCGUGUUCUGGCUCUGAAAGCUAUCGUCUCGAAUGAGGCCGACCAAGAGGCAUUUGAUCUGGAUGCACAUGCUAUAGAAAAGACUGGGAAGCGGAAAAGAUGGAUCGGCGGCAGAGAUGGCAUUGGUCACCGGGUGAAUGUGGAAGUGACUCGCCGUUCUGCUUGA